AAAUUUUGACGUCGCCUGUAUUUUAGGCGCGCAAACAAACGUCUCAGCAAUAAUUGUGUUUCUAUAUCAUAUUUUACAGUCAAAAUUAUCGUAUUAAAGUUCUUCAAAGUUUAAAAGAAAUUAUAACUUAUAGAGAAUAAUAGAUUUAUUGAAAUGAGAAGUGAAAUCUAUUGAAUAAUUCCUUUUCCUCAGCUAACCAGCGCCUUUAAUCUAUUGAUGUUUGUGAUCGGAUGUGUUUUGAACAGUUUUGUUUUGAAGUCCUUAAGGUAUUUGUCGGAACCUUUAUGAUAAGUUCAUUAGUUCUCUGUAUGAAAUUUUGUUUCUAAUAAAACAGUGUCUGGUAGCCCAGAAUUUGGGUUAAAGUAUGUUUGUAGAAGAUUUGCGCACGGAUUUCUACCAACGGCUGAUCGGUAAGCGGAUUUUGGUCAUCGUCAACUAUGACAUCGAUGCGAUCUGCGCCAGCAAGAUUUUGCAGUCCCUUUUCAAGUAUGACAAUAUGUUGUACUCGAUCGUGCCGAUCAUGGGCAUGAGUGGAAUGGUGCGGGCUUACAAUGAGAACAAGGACGAUGUGAAGCUGGUGCUGUUGAUCAAUUGCGGCGGCUGUAUCGAUAUUGUAGAGUUGCUGCAGCCGGUUGAAGAUGUUACCUUCUUCAUCUGCGAUUCGCAUCGACCUUACCACAUUUGCAACGUGUACAGCGAUUCGCAGGUUCAGAUUCUGGGGGAAAUGAACCCGGAUGAGGGAAUACCGGAAUUCGAUGCUAUAUUCCAGGAUUCGGAUGACGAAGACGAGGAAGAGGACGAUGAAGACGACGAGGGCGGCAACAGUGACGAUGAGCAUGAGGAAAGAACCCACCGAGAACAGAAUCGCAUUCAGCGAAUUGAACGACAGUUGCUCAAGCGUAGACAACGCCGCGAUUGGGAGGAGAAGCGUGUUAAGGUGAUGUUCGAGUACACACAGUUCAGUUACUACGCUAAUAGCUCUGCCUUGACUAUUUUCGAGCUGGCCUGGCGUUUGUCCAAAGACUCGAUCGAUUUACUGUGGUGGGCAAUAGUGGGUCUUACUGAACAACUGUUGCUGGGAAAGAUUGAAAGUUCAACCUAUACAUUGGUCACGGACAAAGUCCAAUCUCAUGUUUCCCGUUUGACCAAUAAAGCAAGUGAUCAAGCUAUCCAAACUUCAGUCAAAAUCAACUUUGAAAACGACCUUCAUCUGGCACUGUACCGCCAUUGGAGUGUAUUGGAUUCGCUGAAAUACUCAAUAUAUCCAGCUUGCAAAAUGAAACUGUGGACCUACAAAGGUGAGAAAGUGAUGCACGAGCUGCUGGUGGACAUGGGACUUCCGUUGGUCCAUGCCAAACAAACAUUCAAUGCGAUGGACUUGGUGCUGCGUAAAGAGUUCUAUGAAAAAAUGGAGAAAUUUUCUGAAAAGUAUCGCCUUCCAGAUAUUGUCUAUGGAUCAUUUAUAUUACAAUAUGGAUAUCGGAACAAGUAUUCUGCAUCUGAUUAUGUUUAUUCAAUGCUAGCGAUCUUGGAAUCUGUAAAGAAAGACAGAACACCCGAGACUUGUUUUCUGCAGUCAAUGGACGCUCUUUCUCGCAGCAACAAAGAAAUUCUGGACGAAGGCAUAGAGAUCUGCAAAACACUUUUGUCGACGAUUUUCAAACAGGUCCAAAGUUCGUUGGAAAUGCACGCAGUCUAUUCGGCUGGGCCGUUUUUGUACUUUAUACUGCAAGAAGAGAUCCCUUUCUUUACCUGCCCGUACGGUUUGAUGAUGUUAGCUCGUUUUCUGCUGCGUGGCCAUGUUGCCAUUUCGCGCAAUAGACGCGCCCAGGAAUUGCCGCUGAUUGCAGUUGCUCCGAUAGACCUGAGUCGUGGUUUCUCAUUGCUUGUCGGCAUUCCACCAGUUUGCGAGGAUAGCAAAAAUUUCUUCGGCAAAGCUUUUGAACAAGCGGCACUGAAAAGUGGGGCCACCAUUUCGCAGGACUUUUUCGAAACUUCCGUCAUUCAGAUUCGACAUUCGGACUGCACGAAAUUUCUUGACGCAUUGACGGUGUUGCUUAGCUAGGUUUUUUUUUGAUAAUGAGAGUGCACUCUCUCUCUCCUUGCUGUUGACUGUAAUUAUAGGAUUGAUUGGAUCAGAUAUCGAUUUUAGGUUAGUUUUAAUAAAGGUUUUGUCAUUCUUUUACACCUGACUUAGAUUUAAGAAUGACCGAAAAAAAACAAACAAAAAAUUAUGCUAAUAAAUCUUUGAUUGACUGAA